CUUGGGACGUUGACGACCGGUACGCGACUCCCGAUACAGCAUCACUAUUCUGUAGUGUACUAUUUGCACGAUAUCGUCGCCUCCUCCCGACGACGACGACGACGAAGACGGCAACCGGAGCUCGAAAGCUGGAGCCACCCCUGGUGGAUAAAACGCGAAACACACAGCUUGGGGGGUGAUCGGGUUCGGCCGCCCGCUCAGCGACGUACCUUCGACGCGUUCUUGUCUGACCGCCCGCUUGGCUUUCUGCCCGCCCGCCCCAAAUCUCGUAAACUAUCAAUUGAACAAGAGUGGAAUUGGUCCUGCCGCCGACGACGACGACGCGCCCAAACCGACACUUUUUUGCCUUGUCGGGAUUCUAAUUUUGCCCCACGUCGCAAAAACAUCACCAACCGACCGAAACCGCAAGGGGAGGAGAAAGAAAAAAAAUCGACGACUUCACAAAGUUCCCCUCCUCUUCCGUUCAGAACAAAAAGCAGGCCGCCCUUGAUGCGCCGCCCGCCCCGCCAUCACCGACAUCCAUGACUACUCUCGUACGGACCCGCCAGCCGCUACAAGUCUUGAGCAUGAGCCACCACCAGCCUGAGCGUCGGAAGAGUAAACGCCUCGCGGGUACGUCGUCGCCAGAACCAGAAGAGCCGGAGUUCAAGAGGAGGAAGAGGACUGCUGCGGCUGCCGCGGUUAUCAACGAGUCGGCGGCAUUUUCACAACAACAACAACACGCGCCCGCGCCGGCGACGGGGAGGAAAAAGAGAAAGAAUGACGCUGACUCCAAGGGUUCCUCCUCCUCCGCAGUCCCGGCAGUGUACGACGAGCAGGAUGGCGACUUUUUGUUUACGCGCGGGUCCAAGAGGGUGAAGACUACGCCAGCACCACCACCACCACCACCACCACCUGAGCCAGAGCCGGAGCCGGAAUUGCCAUUGCCGAAAAUGUCUACCGCGAAGAAGGUUGGAAGACCACCAAAGAAUAGUUCGAAAAAGCGCGCUUCCUCUCCGGCGCAACAGUCUGCGCCUUCACCGCCGUUACCAGUACAGCCGCAGCAGCAGGUUUUACCGAGGAGGACGUCGAAAAGGAGGUCUAGUGCAGCUGCUCAGGCGGCGCCCCAACCGGUACAAGAUGAGGAGCCGGUUAUGCCCAAGGCGAAGACGAGGAGGAAAGGGAGGGAGUCGAAUGCCGACAAGAAAGCAAGAGAGGAAGCGCAGCGGAGGCAGUUAAUAGAGGGGAUUCCGGAGGAGGAGGAAGAGGAUGAAGCACAGGACCAGCGACACAACCACCACCGUGAUCAUGACCACGCUAUGACCAACGGCACACCCCAAGCAGAACACCCCUCUGGCGCCGCUUCACAGAUGAUCUCCUUACCUUUCAGCGACACGCCUAUUCAAAACAGGAAUAAAGAGUUUCGAAAAAAGGGGGGAGCGUCUGGAGGGAGGAGGAGUUCACUGGGCAUGAGAGGGAGGAGGGCGAGCUCGUUGAUUGAUAAUGGGCAGAGCGCGUUACCACAUCGGGAAGUUGAUCCGAAGGAUUUCUACAAGUAUAUUUCGGCCGAGGGGUUGAGCGAGCCGAGGAGGAUGAAGCAGUUGUUGAUUUGGUGCGGGGAGAGGGCGCUUAGUGAGAAGCCUAGAGGGGGGAAGGGGAAUAGUGCUGUUUUGGGAGCGAGAGCGAUACAAGACCAGAUAUUGAAGGACUUUUCCUCAGUGUCGGAGUUUUCGGAUUGGUUCUCACGGGAAGAAGCGCCGAAGCCGCCGGUGGUGUUGAAGCCGAACCCGAGGAAUGAGGAUUAUGACAGGAAGAUUGAGGAGAUGGAGGAGAGGAUAAAAAGAUUAAAAGAAGUCAAAAAAGCCUGGCAGGCCAUCGCGAAACCAUUACCCACACUCGACCCGAUAUACCCCCUUUCAGCCCCCCCACCAGACAACCCUGAAGCUCCCCCGCAACCCGACUCGAGAAAAGCCCCGUUGCCAGACCCCAAUUUGUUGUCGGAGGAAGAAACGAAAAUGUUGACUUUCCUGACCAGUCCGGAGACGAGUUUUGGCAGCUGGAAGAGGCAGGUCAGGUCAAGGCUGCAGAAUGUGCAUCAGGAGCUCGAGUUUGAGGUUGAUGUGCUGGCGGACAGGGUUCACAAGUUUGACAUGAGAGUUGAGACUGCGGGGCGGGAGGCGGAUCAGGUUUUGAGGUUGGGGGCGGAGAGGUUGAGGGAACGGGAGGAGAGGGAGAAGGAAAGGGUGGGGACACGGGGGGUGGGGGUUUGGGAGGUGCUGAAGAGUUUGGGGAGGAUAUUGCCUGAGGGGGGGUAG